UUCAUAGUUUACCAUCCCAAAUGCCUUUAAAGAGUGAACGCAACGUUUAUUCGUACUCACAUGAAAGUCCUGCCAAAUUAAGCUUAAAAGCUUUAACGAAAACUAAUAACAAAGAGCACCAAAGAAUACAUGUGGCCCAUCGGCUGCAACACAAAGAAGUUAAGACGCAUAGGGAAAUCAACAUACAAAAGCAUUAUAGGGAAAUACAGCAACAACAGCAACAACAACACAAAUUAAAAAAACAUAACAAAAGCUUUAAGGCCUCAUUAGACCACAAGAAUAAAAAGUUACAAAACAAACGAUCUCGCCGAGAGACCGAAGAAACCGAAAGUAUACAAAGCAAUGAGAGUACAAAAGCUUUCGAACAACAAGAGCUCACAACCUCACCCAUACAGCUAACUGAAAGCUCCUCAGUUGCGGUGAAAGAACAACCUCACGGACUUUACUUAAAUGAGUCUUUGGUGAAACACUCUGCGCCAGUGGCUACCAAAACAAAACGUUCCCAUACGAAUGUAAAAGUUCCCGUUGAGGUUCUAAAUAAACCCAAAGAAUCAAUGGUCAUCAUUGAUGAUGGCGAGGAGUUUGAGGGUGCCGCCGAAAGACAAAGAGAAUAUGCCGCAAUGGGUGUUAUAGGAGCCGAUGAUAAGAGUGAUGAUUAUUCGCACGAUGAAGAGCCUCGAGUUUUACCUUUAAGGCCUGUUUUACCCAAUCCUUAUGAGGAUGAGGAGAUGUCUGUGGUGUAUGCGGAACAGCAUUCGGAAAUACGUUUGAUGUGUGAGGUGGAUUUGGAUAUUGCUUCGAGUAUGUGGUAUAAAAAUGGACAGGUCGUACAUGCCAUGGAUCGCACCACCCGAGUAACGGAUUAUCGUUUUAUCAAAGAGGCUAAUGGUGCUUUAACCAUAACCAAUGUCAUGCUGGAGGAUGAUGGUAAAUGGCAAUGUGAAGCGGAGAAUACCAGACAUUAUACAGAAAAUGCCCGACCAGUUAAAUUGGUGGUUUUAGAUCGUCCCAAGCCACCUUAUUUGCUAAUAGAUGGUCGCCGUUUGGAUGCUGGCAAUAUUUUUGUACCCGUCAAGGAAAACUCUGAAUUGAAUUUGGCCUGUAUUAGUGAGGGUGGCAAUCCUAAGCCUACUUUAACCUGGGAGGUUCUACUAAGUCCGGGUGUAGAUCGCCAUGCUCAAAAGGUUUCGGCAGAGGUUUUGGAACUGGAGGAGAUUAAAAAUGAAAAGGAUAAAAAUUCAUAUAAAAUUAAUAGUGGCGCCAAAAGUGAAGCACGUCUGCCAGCUGUAUAUCGGGCACAUCAUAAUGCACGCAUUUUAUGCGUUAUGGAGCAUCCCACAUUAAAAAUACGUCAGAAUGCAUCAUUGCUACUGGAUGUUCAAUAUACUCCUUCAUUUGCCAUAUCACGCACGCCGGGCUUUGGUUAUCCAUUGCGUGAGGGCAUAGAGGUUUCAUUAAAAUGUGAUGUGGAUUCAAAUCCGCCCAGUACACCCAGAUGGCAGAAGGAUGAUGGUGAUCCACCGGUUCCACAAACUGGUGAUGGUUUUCUCAAUUUCACCUCGAUACGGCGUGAACAUUCCGGCUGGUAUAAAUGUACAUCGCGGCAUUUAAAUUUUCAAUAUUCAUCGAUUGGUUACUAUCUAAGUGUAAGAUAUGACUCUGUUGAUGUUACCUCAGAACCCGAUGACCAGGAUAUUUCGGUAGCGGCAGCUGCUUCUCACAAUCCCAAUAAGGGUCAACUCGAAGUACAGUUGGGUGGCGCAGUAACACUACAAUGUCCGCAAGGUUCCUUAGGUUGUUGGUCACAUUUAGAUCCUGUCACCGCUCGUUUGCGUGGCCUGGGUCAUGGCCUGUCUACACCCACCGGUCAAUUUUCCUUAAAAGAUGUGGUCUAUCAAGAUGCUGGCACUUAUAAAUGUAUUGGCCAAUCGCCCAUAAACAAAAAGAAAUUAGAAGUUUUACAAACUGUAGGCGUUACGGUUAAAGGCUUUCCCACAAUUGUGGCACGUAAUUCCACCCCAGUGGCCUAUCCCGGUUCACCCUUACAUUUAUCCGUAGAAUUUUGUGCAAAUCCCCCGGCUCAUGCAGCCAGAUGGCUGCAUGGUGAUCGUGUUUAUACUCCCGGCAAUCAAUACGGCAGUACUGUCUUGGCCUAUGGCGUAACGGAUUUACCCACCCCCUUUUGUAAAGAAGCCCGCCUUACCUAUGUCAGCAUGCAUGAAAGAGUGCCAAGAACAUUUUAUUUCAUAGUCUCCUCACCGGGUGGAGUGGCCGAAACUAUUAUUAAAGUUAAUUUCACCAUGCGUUAUCGCUCCAUAUCGAAUGCCAUCGAUGAGGAGGAAGAGGAACUAAGUGAACCCGAAGAAAUUCACUUUCCGGUAUUUGGCAAAGCUAAUUAUCAGGCAAUAAAUGUUUGGCUUUUAGCCUUAAUAUUAUGGUUUAGUUGUAAAUUUUAG